AUGAGGUUCCUAUGCCUUCCCGGUGCCUAUGGCAGCGCCAAGAACUUUCGCGUCCAACUUGGGCCCUUAGCCGAUGAAUUAGAGCGGCGAGGGCUGGGCACUUUCGUUUACACCCAGGGGUCCCACGAGGUUGAUCCUCCCGCCGGCUGGGAAGAUUACUUCGGAGCCCGGCCACUUUACCGGUUUCUUGACACUCGCCGGGGAGAUACCUUUGAAAGUUUGCGGCGUCUACGUCACAUGCCCUACAGCAUUAAUGCUGAAGAUGCCAUGCGUAUGUUCCAAGAGUGUGGUGGUGGCGAGGAUUGGCACCAGCUGGUAUGGCGCGAGGCAAUGGACGACGUCCGUAAGACACUCGACGAGAAUCCGGACGUGGACGCCAUUAUUGGGUACUCCGAAGGCGCCAUGGUCGGCUCGAGCAUCGUGGUCGAAGAAGCCGUUCGAGCACAAGAAACCGGCUGCGAGCGACAAAUCAAGUUUGCCAUUUUUAUUUCUGGCUCACCUCCUCUCAAGUUUGAGGGGAACAACCGGUUGGUUGCCCAGUUGGCAGACCAAGCCGGCGAGGUUAUCGACAUCCCCACGUUUCACAUCUUCGGUUGCAACGACGCCUUCCUGGGGGGUGCUGUUGCCUUGUAUAAUGUUUGCAACCGAAAUAACGCCACCAUGUUCGAUCAUGGCCUUGGUCACAUCGUCCCACGGGAUGCCGAAAAUGUUCGCCUGCUCUCUGACGUUCUCGAGGGCCUUAUCCCCAAAGUCGAAUCUCAAUACGAAGAGGAAGGAGCUGAAGAGCUUGAGGAGCCGGAUGUGACCGAGGAGGGGUGGUGA